UUUAACCUCUUGCAUUCGAAACCACGAUCUUGGGAUCCACGCACGUAAAAGGGACGCACCUCAGCAGGAUUUUGUAGGAUGAGUGAGUUGGUUUUAUCGCCGCUGUGAACAGUAUUUCAGUUACAUCUUGGCAUGCUUGAGCUUUGCUGAGCUUGAUAUGUCUUUCAGUUAACAUGCUAUAUUCAUUUGUCAUAAUGCAUGUCUACAUGUGCAUAUGCAUCAAGCUAGAAUACAUGCAGUGUUACCUAAUCCCAUUUCAAUAUUGAUGUUAUUUUAUGUGUAUGUGAGCAAGAUAAACAUCUACGACGCAUGAACAUUAUUUCACUCACACGGUGAUUAUGUACGCUGGAAUUUAUGGGUUGCUACAUGCUCCUGUUUCAACACUGAUGUUUAAUCUGGCAAACCAGUUUCAAUAUACAUGUAUCAGAGAGAUAAGAUAUCGCUCAAUUCACUUCCUUGUUACAAGCGCGGGCCUCCCAGCUCUGACCACAGCAAGCAUCGGAUAUCUUCGGACAAGCACAUGGACGAUGUUUCUGGUAUUUGUUCUACUUCUUGUCUCAUUGCCUGACUCCUCACAAGAAGAUUGUCACUGUCAGAAUGGAUGCACAAGUUUCCCUGGUUCUCCUUGCCAAGGAACAUCGUGCCAAACAGGCUGGUUUGGGAGUUACUGCCAAAAGCGCAACAUAGCACGUGGACAAUCGACAUGGCAGAGCAGCAUAUUGCAAGGACAUGGUUAUGCUUCAUCAGACAAGGCUGUCGAUGGCAAUACUGACCAAACGUUUGAGGAUAAAAGUUGUACGCACACAGACGACAAGACGUCUAGUGGAGCAGAUUGGCUUGUUAACUUCACUACCACUUUGGAGAUUAGACGGAUGAGAAUAUAUCUUCGUAAUGGCUAUACUGACCGCAACGUGGGCCUUCAGGUGAAGGUUGGUGACCAGCUGUGUUACACAUUGUCUGAAGACAACAGACAACAAACUGUUUUAAAUAUUACAUGUGGCGAAGCUUUGAAUGGUUCAUCUGUUACAAUAAGUGUCGAUGGACCCUACCUGACAUUAUGUGAGGUGCAGAUAUUCCAAUGCAGUGAUGGAUGGUUUGGAGAUGACUGUGACAAGCAGUGUCAGUGUCAGAAUACAGCUGAAGUAUGUGACAAGGAGACUGGCAACUGUAGGAAUGGAUGUGCUGCGGGGAAACACGGACCAGGGUGUCAGCAAGAAUGCAACAAUGGUUUGUUUGGAUCUGACUGUAACAAACAGUGCCAGUGUCUAACUGCCUCUGAAGCGUGUAACAAGGAGACUGGCCACUGUAGUAGUGGAUGUUCUGCUGGGAAACAAGGUCCAGGAUGCCAGCAAGAUUGUGGCCAAUAUCAUUAUGGUAUUCAGUGUUCCUCUACGUGUGGUCAGUGUAGCGGGUCGUCGGACUGUAAGAAGGAUGAUGGAACCUGCACACAAGGAUGUCAACAGGGUUACAGUCCCCCUUUCUGUAAAAUGUGUGCAGUUCACUUCUAUGGACCGCCCUGCCAAGGAUGUGGACACUGUAAGGACGAUUCCCCAUGUUCUGUGCUAAAUGGGGCAUGCCCGACUGGUUGUAAACCUGGAUAUGAACCUCUACUGUGUAACACAGCCUGUAUCGCCGGGAGGUAUGGGGAAGACUGUCUUCAUACUUGCGGUCACUGUCAGAUCAACGGCUCAUGUGAUACCCAGACUGGACGCUGUGAAAGCAAUUGCCAACCAGGAUAUAUAGGACCACUAUGCAUACAAGAAUGUGCUGACUACACAUACGGUAUCAACUGUUCCGGUGUCUGCAGCUGCCUGAACCAGUCUGAGGUGUGUGAUAAAGUCACAGGUGAAUGUAGAACGGGGCAUCAAUCGACGACAAUAGCAGCAGUAAAAGCACCAGAAGCACAGCAGGGUCAAGGACAUGAGGAUAUCCGCCUCAUUGUUGUCAGUUGCCUUCUGGCCAUUUCGUGUGUGUAUGCAGUAAUAACAACUGCAAAUAACUACAGAAUUAGACGCAGCAUGAAGAUACUCAAAGCUGAACAAAUGCAAAAGUACUCAACUCUGCAGGUCCGUGGGGAAUCGUCUGUUUAUGAUGUCAUUGCUGAGACGAACGUGUAUGCAAAUGAGUCCAUACAGGACCAAGAUCCGAAUGAAAAUUGACAAAGAUACAUGCGUUCAUAUAAACACAGUAUUUAGACACCUUGGCUUAACAUCAGACGUACUUCACCUUAAACUCUGCAAAAUUUCCGAAUUAGAGUUUCAAAGGACAGUCUUUAUUGCCUGUUUAAGACAUUCAUGCACAUAACUGAAAUAACUGAACAAGCAGUGAAGAAUGUGUGAUCUUUUACUCAAACAAACAGUGACAUUCUGUGUCAUUGGUUUGCGUGACGAGCUUCAGAUCGAGGGGCCGCCCCCUUGUAUUUUUAAUUGCAGUGAUUCAGUUUAUUAUGUUGAUACCGGAUUCUCCGGCUGAAUCGAUGUGUGUGUCCCGGUUAACAUAUCCAAGGGACGUAACUCUGUAUAUCUUAUGUAUAAACGCACAUGGUGCGGAUACUGCGAGCGGCGCGUUUCUUUGUAUGCGGUAUAUAAAGAGUUAUUGAAAUACUAGGGUUUGUUAACACCAUUGAUGAUCUAAUUAAAAGUCCGUUGUGUUCAUUGAAAUUCCCGCAUUCCGAUUAGCUAAAUUGGUCACGUGUUAUUGCAUUUAUGGUGCGAUACUGCGAGCGGCCCGUUUCUUUGUAAGUGUUAUAUAGAAAGUGAUUGAAAUACUGGGGUUUGUUAACACCAAUAUUGAUCUAAUGAAAUGUCCGUUGUGUUCAUUGAAAUUCCUGCAUUCCGAUUAGCUGAAUUGGUCACGUGUUAUUGCAUUCAUUUCCCAAUGAAUGUAAAAAUUAAGCCACGCCCACUUUUAUCACUUCAGUCGGUGAAUCCCAAUAUCACAGUCGAGGGAAUUCCCUUCCUGCUUACAUGUAUCGUCAUGCGCAGGAAAUUUAGCGAAAUUCAUGCAUAUUCAUUUUCCAAGCUGACCUACGCGGAUUCAAAAAGUUUGCACAUCGGUUUUUCGAUUCAUAUAUACUAAAAGUCAAUCUUAGAUUUAACUAUUGAUAUAUGAAUGAAAUGAAAGCAUUUGCUGUAUACUGUGCUGGCGGGGAAAGGUAAUUGUUAAAAAAAACUAAUUUUAUUCUGAAAUUGAAUAAUGCAUCUUUCAAUGUAUAUGCGAGAAGACAUCUCCUCGACUUUAAGGUCGUGAUUCACCUUUUGCACGUACAUGUACAUCUUCAUGUAAGACGCACAAUUUGAUGUGCGUGUGUUUGAUACAGGCAUGAUACUCACACACGUUUGGUUUUUUUUAUGUGUACAAAACGGACUGGUUGUUUUGCUAUCAGGUGCUCAUAAAAUACACAUUUGUUAUACGCAAACUUUGGUGAGGUGGGCUGAUGUUUUAUUUAUAUAUUUGGCAUUUAACUUUCAUAUCAUAUAAUGACACCAAAUCUGUAUUUCCUUCUGGACAACUCCCCUUUAUUACAUUCGUGCUGAGUCACCAUGUUGAACUUGUUGUGACAGUAAUAAUACAUAUUGAGUACCUGAAUAUGUUCCAGUCAGAGUAAUUUAUGUGUUUCUUUCAAUAUUUGAUACUGUAACAAUUGUUAUAUAUCAGUGUAUUUUAUUGUUAAACAAUUAUUGUAACUGUAUUACAUUGUUUUGGUUGAGAUUCUGUACUUGCAAUGUACUUGGACAAUGAUUAGUUAUCAGGAAUGUAGUACUAUUUAAUGUAAGCAGUGAUGAGGAAGUUACUAUAUUUAGAUGUGAGUGUCAUGUGUUAACUUCCGGAAUAGCAUUGAUGUAUGUCAAGCCUCACAGAAACACGUGGAAUAUUCUGUGUGGAAAGUUCUGGAAGCUAGUUGGACUCCAUAAGUUGAGUGGACGCGUGACUGUCUCAUCUCAUUACACAUUUCCUCACAUCAUAUUACACCAAGACCAGCUUUCAUGUAAAGAUCACCCCAGUUUCCCUGCCUGGGCACUUUCACGGGAACUUGGCCAUUGUUUCUGCUGAGUGAAUAUAUACUAUUAUCACUAACUUUUGCUAUUUUGCUUUUGUAUUUAAUACUGACCACUGCUAUCAUAUUAUAUAUUGACACUGAAUAUUGUACUACAACUCUU